GUCUGUGUGAAAAGAGAGACUGGCACUGUGAAAAGACCUGUGUGAUGAAAAAAAAGGACCUGGAAGAAAUUUGACACUGUGGGGGAGGACAAGAGCGGUUCAGCACAUGACUACUACAGUACUAGAAUCACAGCAGAAGGACUUAUGCUCACAGCAUCCCUGGACAAAUCUGACAUUAAGAAUAUAUUUAAUUGAUAUACUAACCACGGCAUAAAGAAAAUGAGUAAACAUUAAAAAGACACGCAAGAACCAUGUUGUAAGCAGCGGCUGUUGCCAUACAAAUAAUCAACCUACUUUACCUAUGCCUCCUGGGAAGAUAAUAAACAAGAACAUCUGAUUCUCUGAAGUCAUUUUUUGGCAGCUUUGCUUUGGGCCAUUUCUACAAUGUACAGAACCUUAACACCAGUGUGAUUUUAAUGCUAUAACAAGACGACAAUUAAAGAGAUUGAAAACCCAAGAGUGGAUUUAUCUUUUAAAAAAUGACCCAUUUGCAAGCUGGUCUUUGUCCUGAAACUAUAGAGAAAGCUCGUUUGGAACUAAAUGAGAACCUGGACACUUUACAUCAGGAUAUACAGCAGGUCAGAGACAUGGUCAUCACAAGACCCGAUAUAGGUUUUCUGCGAACAGACGAUGCUUUCAUUUUAAGGUUCCUUAGAGCAAGGAAAUGUAAUCAAAUGGAGACCUUCAAACUGCUUGCUCAGUAUUUUCAAUACCGUCAGCAGAAUUUGGACAUGUUUAAAAGCUUCAAGGCAGACGAUCCUGGGAUCAAACGAGCGUUGAUGGAUGGCUUUCCUGGCGUCUUAGAAAACCUUGAUCAAUACGGCAGGAAGAUCCUAAUCCUCUUUGCAUCUAACUGGGACCAGAGUAGGAACUAUUUUGUUGACAUCCUAAGGGCCAUCCUGCUCUCUUUGGAAGUCCUGAUUGAAGACCCAGAACUGCAAAUCAAUGGCUUCACCUUAAUAAUAGACUGGAGCAACUUCUCCUUUAAACAAGCAUCCAAACUCACCCCCACCAUACUCAAACUGGCCAUUGAAGGGCUACAGGACAGUUUCCCUGCUCGCUUUGGAGGAAUCCAUUUCGUUAAUCAGCCUUGGUACAUUCAUGCGCUGUACACCAUAAUAAAGCCGUUCCUUAAAGACAAGACCAGGAAACGGAUUUUUCUUCAUGGAAACAAUUUGAACAGUUUGCAUCAACUAAUCUUUCCGGAGUGCCUGCCUUCAGAAUUUGGGGGCACUCUACCCCCUUAUGACAUGGGAACUUGGGCCCGGACAUUAUUAGGACCAGACUAUAACGACGAAACAGAAUACACUCACACAUACAACGCAUUGCAUGUGAAGCAAGUGCUGGGAAACUCUGCAAGAGAUUGUUCUCCCAAACACAUGAAAAGGUCUCAGUCGGUCGUGGAACCUGGAACUCUGAAGCACAAGGAAAGGGAUGACGAGAACACUCAACCUUUGCUUGCUCUGGACUGAACGCAGUGUGAGCUGUGUGCACAUACAGCAUACAGCCCAGUCUCAGUGGUACAGUGAAUAAUGAAGCACAUCCUUCAUUAAUUCAGUGCCAGCUUCUUCAAGUAGCAUUUUAGAUUUUAGGGGGCAAGAAUGUCACCAGCCAUCAACACCGGUAGCUAACUCCAGCUGAGCAAAACUAUAGCUUGUUUAGCCAUAAUGAACGUUGAGUUAUAGCUAUAUCGUAUUUGCAGCAAAUAACCUUUUAAUAGAUGCAUACAGUGCCUUGCGAAAGUAUUCGUCCCCCUUGAACUUU